AAAAAAUCACAAUGACUCUAUCAAUUGAAGAUAUUUAUAGAUAUAUAUGAAGAUAUAACUUUCAGCAUCAUAAUAAUGGAACAUCAUAACAAGUUGUUUCUUCUACUCAUGCUUCUUAUUCAAGUUCUGCUUGUAGCAGCACAAACAAACAGCCAAGACUAUAAUGGCUUAGCAGCUCUUACAGGAUUCUGGACUAACAGACCACCAAAUUGGGUUGGUACAGAUCCUUGUGGCAGUAAUUGGGAAGGAAUUCGUUGCUCCAACUCAAGGAUUACAGAAUUGAAACUAUUAAGCAUGAAUUUGGAGGGACAACUGUCUUCAGCAAUCCAACAAUUACCUGAACUAGACACAUUGGAUCUUUCUUACAACACUGGCUUGACAGGAACGAUUCCACAAGAAAUUGGGAGUUUGAAGAAGCUAAAAUCCCUUGCCUUGGUUGGUUGUGGUCUCUCUGGUCCUAUACCAGACUCUAUUGGAGCUUUGAAGCAACUAACCUUUCUAGCACUUAAUAUGAAUCGGUUCAAUGGAACAAUUCCGAGCUCCAUUGGCAAUCUGACUAAUAUCAAUUGGCUUGAUGUUGCUGAUAAUCAACUUGAAGGACAAAUUCCUGUAUCUGAUAACAAAGGAACACCAGGACUUGACCUGCUCCUUCAGGCCCAACACUUUCAUAUGGGGAACAAUAAGUUCUCUGGUCAAUUACCAGAAAAACUAUUCAAUUCAAAAAUGAUACUAGAACAUGUGCUUUUGGACAACAAUCAACUGCAGGGUAGUAUUCCUAGCUCCCUUGGUCAAGUGAGCACAUUGGAGGUGUUGCGCUUAGAUACAAAUGGAUUUAGCGGAGCAGUGCCUUCAACUUUAAAGAAUCUUGGACAGCUGAGUGAGCUGUAUUUAUCCCAUAAUAAGCUGAAUGGCUCUCUGCCGGACCUUACCGGAUUGAACAGUCUCUCCUAUGUGGAUAUGAGCAACAAUUCUUUCAACGAUUCUGAUAUUCCAUUAUGGGUUUCAAGUUUGCAAUCUCUGACAACUGUGUUACUAGGGGACAACCAGCUGAGUGGCACAUUGAAUCUUACCAGUGGCUACAGUAACAGUCUGCAGCUCAUUGAUUUGCAGGAUAAUCAAAUAACCGAUUACAAGCCAGGAAGCAAAAAGAUAAAUUUCCAAGUGGUGUUAGCUGGUAAUCCAAUUUGUCAUGAAUCUGAAGCUCAAAAACUGAGUUACUGCCAACUGCCCCUACAAACUCCUGCAUACAACACACCACUAAAUAAUUGCUCCGCUCCAUCCUGCUCUUCUGGUCAGGUUUCCAGCCCAAAUUGUAAAUGUGCAUAUCCCUAUAGUGGAACACUCUACUCCAGAGCUCUUAGUUUCACAACCCUUAACGAUACUGAUUACAAGGAGCUUGAGCAGUCUUUGUUGAAGAGCUUUGAGUCCCAAAAGCUUCCUGUGGAUUCAGUUUCUCUGAGUAAUCCCUCAAGGAAUGCAUCUAACAACAAUUUUCAGUUGACUCUGGAUGUCUUCCCAUCUCAAACUGAUCGUUUCAAUAGAACUGGAGUUUCAAGUGUUGCUUUUGUGCUAAGUAACCAAAUUUUCAAGGCCCCGGAAUUUUUCUCCCCUUACUUCUUCAAUGGUCUCAACUAUCAAUACUAUGGAGGAGAACCUAAAUCAAAGUCAAAGCAUACUGGAGCUAUAAUUGGUGCAGUAGUUGCUGUUGUGGUGUUUCUUGGAUUAGCAUUCGUCAUAGGCAUGUAUGCCCUCCGCCAGAAAAGAAGGGCAGAAAGAUCUGAACUCAAUCCUUUUGCAAAUUGGGAACAAAACCCGAAUAGUGGAGCUGCUCCUCAGUUGAAAGGAGCGCGAUGGUUUUCUUUCGAAGAUCUGAGGAAAUACACCAACAACUUCUCAGAAAGUAAUACUAUUGGAAGUGGGGGCUAUGGAAAGGUGUACCAAGGUGUUCUUCCUGCUGGGGAAGUGGUUGCCAUCAAGCGUGCUGCACAAGAAUCUAUGCAAGGUGCUGUUGAGUUUAAAACUGAGAUUGAACUUCUUUCAAGGGUCCACCAUAAGAAUCUUGUUAGUCUUGUGGGUUUCUGCUUUGAGAAGGGUGAACAAAUGCUGGUGUACGAGUAUGUUCCAAAUGGUACUAUAAUGGAUAGUCUUACAGGAAAGUCUGGGAUAUCGAUGGAUUGGAUACGGAGGCUGAAAGUCGCGUUGGGCGCUGCGAGGGGUCUGGCAUAUCUUCAUGAACUUGCUAACCCACCAAUCAUACACAGAGACAUAAAAUCAAGCAAUAUCCUACUUGAUAGUCACCUUAAUGCAAAAGUGGCUGAUUUUGGUCUCUCAAAACUUCUUGUUGAUAGUGAAAGGGGCCAUGUCACUACUCAAGUCAAAGGGACAAUGGGAUACUUGGAUCCUGAAUAUUACAUGAGCCAGCAAUUGACCGAAAAGAGCGAUGUAUAUAGCUUUGGAGUGGUAAUGCUUGAGCUAGUAACAGCGAAAAGGCCAAUAGAGCAAGGGAAGUAUAUUGUGAGAGAGGUAAUGAGGGUAAUGGAUACAUCAAAAGACUUGUACAAUCUUCACUCUAUUGUUGAUCCAACCAUAGUCAGCAGCACAAGUCCAAAGGGGUUAGAGAAGUUUGUUGAAGUGGCAAUGAGGUGUGUGAAAGAAUAUGCAUCUGAGAGGCCUUCCAUGGCUGAGGUUGUGAAAGAGAUUGAGAACAUAAUCCAGCUUGCUGGUUUGAACCCCAGUGUUGAAUCAGCUUCCACCACAGAAAGCUAUGAGGUGCCACUUGGGCAAAAUGUCAAACACCUUUAUGACAAUGAAGAUUUUAGCCAUUCUGGAAACUUCCCAACAGCAAAGAUAGAACCUCAAUGAGACUUGGUAUAUUUAUAUUUUUUUGUGUAUCUACUUCCCUCUUCACAUGUAAUCAUUGAGGUUUGGUGUGUCAAAUUUAGGAUACAAAUUCAGUUUGGAUAUUCUGGUGCAUCAAUUAUGAGGUACCACAAGGGGAGAACUUCAAACAUCCUUAUAUGUAUGUAUUGUAGACUUGUGGUCAUGAAAAUAUUUUUGUUAAUUUUGUUAAUGAUUGUAAUUUUAAAUGUAAGUAUAGUUUUUGAAUGCCAACUCUCGCUCCAUUUUCUUUUA